AUAUACCAGCGGAGAGCAGAAUGGAUACGGAAGGGAGCCAGAGCAGCCUGUCCUCCAGCACGGACAACUCCCCCCACGACCCCUGCAAAAUGUUCAUCGGGGGUCUGAGUUGGCAGACAACACAAGAGGGAUUGAAGGAGUACUUCUGCAAAUUUGGCGAGGUGAAGGAGUGUAUGGUGAUGCGGGAUCCCGUUACCAAGAGGUCGAGGGGGUUCGGGUUUGUAACAUACGCAGAGCAAGCUGGCGUGGAAAAGGUUUUGGCGCAAAACAGACACGAGUUGGAUUCCAAAACGAUCGACCCAAAGGUGGCUUUUCCACGCCGGGCCCAGCCCAAGCUGGUGACCAGGACAAAGAAGAUCUUUGUCGGCGGACUGUCAGUCAAUACCACCAUCGAAGAUGUGAAGCAAUACUUUGACCAGUUUGGAAAGGUUGAUGAUGCCAUGCUUAUGUUUGACAAAACAACCAACAGACACAGAGGCUUUGGCUUUGUUACAUUUGAGAAUGAAGACGUGGUGGAAAAAGUGUGUGAGAUCCACUUCCAUGAGAUCAACAACAAAAUGGUUGAGUGUAAGAAAGCACAACCCAAGGAAGUGAUGAUGCCAACAGGCUCAGCCAGAGGCCGUUCCAGAGUGAUGCCCUACGGGAUGGACGCCUUCAUGCUGGGCAUUGGCAUGCUAGGCUACCCAGGUUUCCAGACUACUACCUACACCAGCCGCAGUUACUCUGGUAUUGCGCCUGGUUACACCUACCAGUUCCCAGAAUUCCAUUUAGAGAGGACCCCCCUCCUGACAUCAUCCCACCCCCCUGAGCUGGCAGCCAUUCCCCUGACUGCGUAUGGACCAAUGGCAGCAGCCGCAGCAGCAGUAGUUAGAGGCUCCACCCCUUCACGCACAGCUGGUUUCCUGGGCACCAGCAGCCCCGGACCAAUGGCUGACUUGUAUGCUGCAGCCAAUCAGGACUCAGGAGUCAGCAGCUACAUCAGCGCCGCUAGCCCCGCCCCCAGCACAGGGUUCGGCCACGGUCUAGGGGGUCCUCUGAUUGCUACUGCGUUCACUAAUGGCUACCACUGAGAAAACUCAGGUCACAGAAGAUGGGAGGGCUUCUCCUCUGCUGAUGAGCCAAUCAAAAUGCUGACUGCCCACUGAUGGCACAACCUGAUUGGCAGAGCCACAGGCUCUUCCGGGCUCUCCUGGCUCCCUGUGGCUUCACCCACCGACUGAAUAUCUUUUUAAAACCUGAACUCUGUUUUGCUGUACUAAUCUCACUUCAACAUAACUUCCCCGUCUCUCUCCUCUUUUGUCCUCAUAUAGCCUAAUAAUUAGACCCCCUGCCCUUCUCCUUCCGAUAUCCGUUAUUUUCUUUUGAAGCUGAGAAAAGAAAACUGCAAAAAAACAAAAAACAAAAAAACAAAAAAAUAUCUGAGGAAAAAAUGUGUCAUCUUUGACAAAGGCACAGAGGACUAUUUUUAGUUUUUUUUAUUAUUAUUUUAUUUCAAUGUGAUAUGUUGUUUCAUCGUGAAAUCCUUGAAAGCUGUUACUGAUGUGAACAGAGAGAACGAGAUGCGUCUUUGUCUGAAAGGCAUUUUUAACAAAGGAAGAACAAAUCCAGCAGCAAGUCCCUUUUUUUAAGCGUCACGGAAAACAUGAAACAACAACAAACAACAACAAAAAUGUAUAUUUUGGUAGUCUUUAAAAACAAACCUUUGUAAUAUUGUUAUUAAUAUUGACAUAAUAAUGAUAAUCUGUGAGGUAUUUUAUUCUGUAAUUGGUUUUAAAGCAAUGUUUUUAUGUCUUCCUGUAAGAUAUUGUACAUAGACGUCGGGGUGGGGGUGGGAUUCCUGAACCGGCUGGCAUGUCAUUGGUUGGUUUGGAAAGGGUUAACAACGAUUUGACUGGAUGUCAUCUACUGCUAUGUGUGGUCAUCUCACUACUUUUCAUUAUGUACGCAUACGGUUCAUGUGUACGUUGUUGGCCAGUCUGCUCGAGCACCGGUUCAAUCCGGCGCUGUCGACGAUAGCUGUUGAGAAAUAAACUUCCAGGAGUUUGUCUGACAUAAUCGUUCGGUUAAAUAACAGGUUUUUUUUUUGUUUGCGAAGUCAUCACUUUGUUCGCUUUGCUUCUUGAAAAAGCAGCUAUGAAUUUUUAUUUUAUUUUAACACCACCACGAACCACAUUUCUUGUAUCUUCACAUGGAAAACUACUUAAGAUUAAGAUGGUGGACUAAGGAAGAAUUACAACCUUAAACAGGAGAGAUCAGGGGUUCACGGGGUUCCGGGGUUGACUUGACUUCCUCUUUUUUGAAAAUAUUAUAUAUAUUUUUUUGCGCAAUUCACUUCUUAAUGUGUUUUUAUUGUUUGUUUAUUGUUUUCUUUUUAAAAAAAUUCUUUUUAUGCGGUGUUCUCCGCCGUGAAAACAAAUGAAGGACAUUCUCAGAGAAGCAAUUGUAGAAAACAUCACGACCAUGUUCUGUCCUCUGAUCACUAUUGAAGGUGCAUGUGAUUGCAUCUGAGUGUGUGUGAGUGAGUGUUUGUGCGCAUACAUCAAGGUGUAAAAUGGAACUACUUUUUGGCAACGAAGGAGCAUUUCGAUUGCCUUUUUGUUUUUGGUACUGAAAAGAUCACCCUGUUCCAUUUUGGCUCAUCUGCUCUUCUCCCCUGCCUCCUUCCCAUUUCAUACUUAGUUUGAUUGAAUUUGUGCUUCUCUGGAUCCGACAUGUUAUUGUUUAAAUACAGUUGCUGCUCUGUAGUGGUGAACAGAGGGGGGGUUUGGGCAGGGAACCAGAAAUGGAACAGGGUCUGCUCCCAGUCGGUUCUGAUACAGAACCUCAGUGCAGACAACACUGGCUGGCAGAAAAAAAGUCAAAAAAGCUUGAACAAAAAUCAACAUGUGCAAAAACAAGGAGCCUGUUUGUUCAGCCUUGUUGCUGCAGCCUGUUUGACGUUCAGCACAGCGAGACACUUGAAGCAGAGGACUUCCUGAUCCAGCCAGUAGUUCCUCUGUCAGACCAUCUGGGACAUGACAUAAACUACUGCUGGACACCAACACUGUAACUUUUUAACUUACAAUAAAGCAAUAAGUUAUUUUUUACCUUACAAAUGAAAAUAGUACUAUUAUUGGUAAUAGCAGACGAUGUGUGGAUAAUUCUGCGGCUUAUUUUCAGAAAAAAAAAGAAACUAUAUUUUUCUGUUUUGAGAUCUUGCUCCCCUUGUAUAUUGAUUUUAAUAAUGUCUUUUUUGUGUUGAUGUAAGGAAAAGGGCCAAUGCUUUGAAUGGAGCUUGUAGCUCUACAUGAGCUCGGUUAAAGUUAAAGAUUUGGGAUGCCCCCGCCAAGCUUUACAGCAAUGCUUUUCUUUUUUUCCUUGUUUUUUUCUGAUAAUUUCAAUUUUAAAAUCCUAAUAAAUUAUU